AUAAAAGUAACGGUGGCGCUGUGGGAGGAGCUUCCGCCCCAGUGAUAUUCCAGUGCAGCAGCAUCGCGCCGCCCACUGCAAGCAUGGCCGGGGACACGGAGACACAUCUACAGGACCGCGGCGACGGCACCGACGUUGUCAGACAGCCGUUUCUCAUCGGUGUCUCCGGAGGCACGGCCAGCGGCAAGUCGUCGGUAUGCGAGAAAAUAAUGGAGCUGCUGGGCCAGAACAAGAUCGACCACCACCAGCGGCAGGUGGUGAUCCUCAGCCAGGACAGCUUCUACAAGGUGUUGACCCCAGAGCAGAAGGCCAAGGCUCUGAAAGGCCAGUUCAACUUUGAUCACCCAGAUGCAUUUGACAGUGAGCUGAUCAUGCAAACACUCAGACAGAUCCUGCAGGGCAAGACUGUCCAGAUCCCAGUGUAUGACUUUGUGACUCAUUCCAGGAAAGAGGAGUUUGUUACGGUGUAUCCGGCUGACGUGGUCCUGUUUGAGGGCAUCCUCAUGUUCUACUCGCAGGACAUCAGAGAUCUGUUCCAGAUGAAGCUGUUCGUGGACACGGAUCCAGACACACGCCUUUCCCGCCGAGUUCUGAGGGACAUCAGUGAGCGGGGACGAGAGCUGGAGCAAGUGCUCGCUCAGUACAUCACUUUUGUGAAACCGGCCUUUGAGGAGUUCUGCUUACCAACGAAGAAGUAUGCAGAUGUGAUUAUUCCACGAGGAGCAGAUAACCUUGUGGCCAUCAACCUGAUAGUCCAGCACAUCCAAGACAUUCUGAACGGCGGGCUGAGCAAGCGCCACAAUGGCUGCCUGAACGGCCACAGCACUCCACGUCAACGGCGGACCUCGGAGUCCAGCAGCCGCCCUCAUUGACCUCGCCACACCUCUCUUCACCGGACGGAGAGGGGUGUGGGGGUUGUGCUGUAAAUAAUGCCUGUUGAAAUCACUGUAUUUAAGAAAUGGUGGAGAAGAGAUGCAAAAAGAAUUGAAAUGCCUUUUAUUAUUAUUGUUAUUAUUAUUAUUAUUAUUAUUAUUAUGACUACUCUUGGUAUUAGUUACUUUGUAAUUGUUGGACUUAGGAUCCAGAUUUUUGUCAGGAAGGUAAAAUAGAAACUCUUCAUGAGAUGAAACCAUGGGUUAAAUUUGACCCCAUGCAUAUUUCUCCCAGCUUGCAUUCUGUUUUUUAUGUAUCCCCUGCUGCUCCAUAAAAUUGUGCUGAUAAUGAAUAAAAGCGAAGGGGAACCUUUUUUAUUUUUAUUUUGUAAUGUCUGAUAAAACUUGAACCCCAAAUGUCGGGGGAGUUUGUGUGAGUUCCAUACGAGAAGUAAUACGGAAUAGAAGACGAGUUGAACAAAACCAGGAGUGCACUCUGCAUUUGUACUGACAAUCUUGGCGACGUUUCCCUUUUUUUCUGUUUGGUUUUUCUCAUUGUGUUGUUCAGUGUAACAUGUUACACUAGAAGUCCGUUUACGGCACAGUAUCCACCACAUUCAUGCUGUAUAAUGUCUGCAGCAGCAGCAGAAACACACACGAUAUUUCAGUACUGAUGGUCACGUGCUGAAGAAAGUGACUACGACCAGUGAAGUGAGCGGCUGGAAGGCGCAACAGUGUUGUGGUAUUGUUACAAUUUUGGAAGCUUCUCCUUUUGAUGUGUAUUGACUACCUAUCAGUACCUAUUAAUUCAUCUACUCCUGCUGGGUGAAUGGCAGAAUCCUUGAUUGAUGAGAAGGUAGUCAAAUUGGAAUCUCUAGAUGGAAUCUAGCGCAAUGCAUAAGAAUAAGAUAUGAUGGGUAUUUUCCUCAGGUCGAUGACACCAUUUUGCUUUGAUAUACCAGGAAGCAAAAUGUGUGAGGAGUUCGCUCAACGCCACAGCAAUAUGUGCUAUACCAGGUGUGUGGCCACUAACCACAAGACCCACCACAAUGCCUCUGCAAAGUUGCCUCAGGUUCAGUUUACGUGUACAGGCGAGUGUACGCACUUAGCAACCAGUUUCCAUUCUAAUACAAUAAAAAACUGUUGAAUCCAUUUUUUUUGUAUUCCAUGUGCUGUUUGUCUAUGGAUUGUGCAGAUGAAUGAAUGAUUUGUACCGUAUACGGCUACUGAAUUGUUUUAGGAAAUAUUUGGAAGAUGUGUAUGACGUAAUCAGCUGCUUAAUGGUCAAUAAACGGAUUCAGCCCAGA